AUGAGUCCAAAUCAACCGUUGCAUGAAAUUGCCAUAAACAAUAACCGUAUUGCGCCUCCUCCACCGUUCAAGACGGUCGACUCUCGAUUAGCAGACGCUACUGCCCAGACUGAGACAGCGCGACAAGGUGGGGAUACCGCGGUACCAGCACCACUGCCAACCCCAGCAGACUACGACGCGCUCUCGCGAGCCUCCCACCCGAUUGCGUCGAUAACGCCAACUACCUCUACUACUGCUGCGCCUGUUGACGGUGCUGCUGCUGCUCAUGUUAAUUCAACAGCCAGAACCACAACAGCACAUGCCGUAGUUGCUGCUGCCAUCGCCAAAAUGCAGCGCAAGCCUUCUACCGACCGCGACGAUGGCUCUACACAGAGCCAUCCUUUCUCCAACACUGCCUCCCAGGACACCACCAUAACUAUCCCGACAGAUCUCGCAUUCACCCCUCCAGCGAGCGACGCUAGUAACUGUGCACCUGGUCCCUCUAGCCAGGACAGUCAGUUGUUCCAACUCUCCGAGAUUGCUGCUGCACAGGAUAGAAUCGGUACAAUUAAUUCGAGUACACGGAAACGCAUGGCCGACGGUGAGGUUAAAAGCCGGACAGAAAGCCAGAGCCCCGUCAAGGGUCAUGCAAGAACACCAAGUGCUGUAAGCAGGACAUCAGCAGGUGGCCAUAUUGGAGAGUUAUCCAACGAACUACGGACGCGUCUCUCCUACGCCAUGGUCAAGGUCAAUAACGGUUGGCAGUCAAACUCACUCGAAGAGGUAGAGAAUAUGGCAUCGCAAGCUGCUUCUCCAGUCUCGAGUACAUCCACCAUACAUCGCCGGCAAGGCUCAUCGGCGAGCCCUCGAAUACCCAUGAGCAAGCCACCUUCAUCCUCAGCUCCUCUACCACAAUCGUCAACUACUGAGCGACGAAAGUCACAUACACCGCCAGAACACAUCUGGCACAAGCCAUCACUCGCGCCGCCAGCACCUAUCCGACCUGGUGCCUUGUCAGCACCACAGGUGAACCCGCGACGUAACUCUCAUCCCCAUCGAACCCCGGGCAUGCUAUCACAUUCAAACUCCGACUCUCCUCAUACACCUGGACAACAAGCUACCUUUCAACAUGGACCCAAGUUUCGUGUCACGGGCGACACUGUUCUCAUGUCACCGCAUCAAAACGUUAGGGAACAAGAUGCUAUUGAGACAUUGUUAUUUAUGAGCAGCCCGGGAAACUCGGCCAACUUGAAGCAUGCCUUCUCUCCUCCAAGCUCAUCGGCACCAGCUGGUGGUAUGAACAGACCCCAGGCGCGUCACGCGUUGCCAUCCGGACCAAGGAAACCAUUGCCAUCACAGCGCCAAACUCAGCAGGUCCGAAAAUCUCCUUAUGAUAACUCAUCCAUGCCUCCACCUCCCGGUUCACCCAUGGAUUUGGAUUCACCACAGCAACAACAUUAUGCUCCGCAAAAUAGGUCCAUGCCCAGGAGGCGUACAAUUGGUGGACGAAGUCAACUACGAGGGACACUCUCGUUGCCAAGUGGUAUUGGUAUAGGGAACGGGAAGACAAGAAAGACACUGCGCGACGAGGACAUUGAGAGAAUGCUUGAUCAGGCCAGUGCCGAGACGGGAGAUAGCUCUGACGACGAGGAGAUCCUGAUACCGUCCAGAAGGCCAGUUGCUGGAGUUAUGCGGUCAUGA